CCUUUCCUUUCUUGAACACAAAUACUUAUCCAAGGUACUCUACUCUCUCUCUCUCUCUCUCUCUCUCUCUCUCUCUCUUCUUUACUGUGCAGGUUCUACUUUCUCCAAUUAGUUAGCUUUUGGUUCCUUUGAUCCGACCUAACUCGAGCCAAAGCUGCACUGACCCAGAGCUAGCUAGUUUAAGGAGAGAAGAAGCGUAGGAGGAUGGCUAGAGAGAAGAUCAAGAUCAAGAAGAUUGACAACAUCACAGCCAGGCAAGUGACUUUUUCCAAGAGGAGACGAGGUCUUUUCAAGAAAGCUGAAGAGCUUUCUGUUCUUUGCGAUGCUGAUGUUGCUCUAAUCAUUUUCUCUGCUACUGGCAAGCUGUUUGAGUAUUGCAGCUCCAGUAUGAAGGACAUAAUUGCAAGGCAUAAUCUGCAUUCCAAUAAGCUCGAUAAAUUAGACCGACCAUCUCUUGAGUUGGAGCUACAGAAUAGCAAUCACGAGCAGUUGAGCAAGGAGGUGGCUGAAAAGACUCAUCAACUCAGGCAGAUGAGGGGAGAGGAUCUGCAAGGAUUAAACAUGGAGGACUUGCAGCAAUUGGAAAAAAUGCUUGAAACAGGACUUAGCCGUGUGCUUGAAACUAAAGGAGAUAAGAUGAUGAAUGAGAUCUCUGCACUUGAAAAGAAGGGAGCUCUUCUGCUAGAAGAGAAUAAAGCGCUAAAACAGAAGAUGAUGACAUUGUGCAAGGGAAAAAGGCCAGUCCUUUUGGAUUCGGAUUUGGCUGUCCCGCAGGAAGAAGGCAUGUCAUCAGAAUCCGCCACCAACGUAUGCAGCUGCAGCAGUGGCCCUCCUCCUGAAGAUGAUAGCUCCGAUACUUCUCUCAAACUAGGACUGCCCUUUUGAAGAUGGUGGGAAGACAAAGUAGUUUUACUUGUAUGGAAUAAAGCCAGGUCUUGAUAAUUGAAGAUAGGCUUAAAAGGAAAAGGAGAAAAAAAAAAAAAAAAAAGAAAGAAAAAUUGUAUGUAUCCUUGUUGUAUUAAGCUCUUGAAAGUGAAAAUACUUGAAUUCACUUUUGUUGUCUUCUGAUUAUGGCUUCUCCAUGCUCUAACGCUACUGGGUUGUGUUAAUUUCUUUAGAAAACCUAACAGAUGUUUGAAAUUGUCAUUUAAGCAUGUUACUCCGCUUGGUUCUUAA